CUGCUGGACCUUCCAACUUUUGCGUCAAUGGAGAAGUGGAACUUCGAACGUAGAAUUAAAUUUACAAACUUUCAGAAUCUCAUAGAAAGUGUGCCGCGAAUGUGGAAGAGCAGGUGUUCAAUCCUAGCCCCAGGGGCUUUUUUAACUUAGGGUAUCAAAGUCUUAACCUUAUUCAUCAAUCCGACUAUACGAAUCAAAGCCUUCGACCAACCACAUCGGAAUCGUCACUACACACUUUCCUCGGAAUAUGCUGUUGGCAUAGGAAUAAAAUUGCCACUCUUUUCAAAUAUGGCAGUUUCACCUCUCAUUGUUCCAUCUACGGAAUCUGGCGAGAGAAGCGCAAGCAGAUCAAAGCUCUCGAGUGCUGUUCCCAGUGGUAAUGGUACUCCCUCAGAUCGGCCAUCUGCAACUGCUGGCACAACCUAUGAUCUAGCAGAGCAGAUGAACGAAAAUGAGAGGUCUAAAUAUGUUAAAGGUGCCCAUUCUUCACUUCUCCACUGUUAGCCCAUAUUAUAGCUGAUCACCCAUCGUCUUAGGCAAAAAGCUCGGAGAGGGAACUUAUGCCAACGUCUACCUUGGCCACCUCAGAACGGAUCCCAGUGUCGUCGUAGCAAUCAAAAAGAUCAAAAUACAAAAAGAAUAUACCGAAGGAAUGGCGCCAGAUGCCAUUCGCGAACUCAAGCACCUCCAGGAAAUCUCCCACCCGAAUAUAAUAUCCCUGCUCUCAGUAUUCUCUUCUAAAGAUCAAAACCUUAAUCUCGUUCUCGAAUUCUUACCUCUUGGGGAUUUAGAAAUGUUAAUCAAAGACGUUGACGGCGUACGAUAUGGUGCCGCCGAUAUAAAAGCUUGGAUGGGAAUGCUCAGUCGAGCCGUCUGGUUCUGUCAUGAAAACUUCAUUUUACACCGUGAUAUCAAACCUAACAAUUUGUUAAUUGCCGCGGAUGGAGAAGUCAAACUUGCAGAUUUCGGUUUGGCGAGAAAUUUUGCGGAUCCUCAACGAACGAUGACAUCGAAUGUAAUAACACGCUGGUAUCGACCACCUGAGCUGUUGUUCGGCGCAAGACAUUAUUCGGGCGCCGUGGAUGUAUGGUCCGUUGGACUCGUGUUUGCCGAAAUGAUAUUGAGAAUCCCGUUUAUAGCAGGUGAUACUGAGGUCCAUCAAGUGUCCCUAAUCUGCCAGGCAGUCGGUACACCAACAGAAGACAACUGGCCGGGUGUAACAAAAUUGCCCGAAUACACAGUAUCUGAGCCUCCGAACCCAUUAGUUCCACGGGAACAAUAUUUAGGCAUGUUUGGAGCUGCUGGAUCCGAGGGAGUCGACCUUUUGAUAAGCAUGUUGAUACUGGAUCCUAGGAAAAGGAUUACCGCUAGGGCGGUGUUAGAACAUCCUUGGUGGGCAUCGGAUCCUAAACCUACAAAAAAUGCAGAUCUACCAAAGAAGAGGGGCGGCGAAGCGAAAAUGGGGGAGGAUUUGAAGAGGAGACCGGGAAUGGUAGAUGAUGAUAGGGCAAGUAAAGUAGCGAGGAAGUUGGAUUUCUCUUCGAUGAGGUAGAAGUCUUGGGAUAUGGUAAAUUUUAGGCGGCGUACGUGAUAUUUAUCUGGCGUCAAGGAUGGACGGGAAGGAAAAAGCUAGAGCCACAAGAGUUGAACCAUAGUCACUUAUAAUUGCAGUUAAAAGUCAUUCCAUCGUAUUUAU